AUGGGUGGACGAUUAACAACUCCGCCGUCGUCAACUUCCUCAUCAUCGACUACUGCACAUCGAAACACGAAUACCGGUUCUACAACAAAUCUUGCCCAUCCACGUACACAUUCGAAUAGUUCAAAUCAUCAUUCCCAACAUCCUCGCCAUCGUUCUAGUAGUGGACAUCACAGUUCGCACGGUCUCUUCGCAAGUAAUCCUUCGGCUAAUCGACACCGUACUACACCGACUAACAUUGAUCCUGCUGCUGCCGCAGCGUUCAACUUUAAUCUGUUACGUUACGUUGGACUUGAACAUGAUUCCGAUGAUCAAAGUUCAGAUGAGGAAUCACCACAAGCGAGACGGCGAUUGCAUCGUAUUUUAAUUGCACUUCAUGAUGUUCCGUGUCCUGUAUGUAAUAAAACAAUUCCAAGAGAUAUAUUUGAUAAACAUAUUGUACAAUGUCUGUCGAAACCCCGAAUAGAUUAUAAUGAGGAUACGUUAACAGAAAACAAAGGUGAAUGUGUCAUAUGUUUUGAUGAUCUACUGGAAGGACAAAAAAUUGCUCGACUACCAUGUCUUUGUAUUUAUCACAAAAGUUGUAUUGAUAAUUGGUUUCGCAUUAACCGAACGUGUCCUGAACAUCCCGGCGAUUGA